GGUACGUUGUACGUUCGAUCAUCAAAUACAAACUGCGGUCUUGCCUAGCCGGCCUUAUAUCCUUCGCUGAAUAAUCAUAUCUAACGACUUUCACAAUUAUUCUUUUACAACACAUAGUGAAAAUUUAUCGAAAAUCAUAAGCAAAAUAAUAAAUAUAAUUUUUACGUGUAAACUUUUUAUAAACAUUACGUUAUUUAAAAAUAAAUACGUACCAAUAUUUUCAACGAGUGAAGACUUAUUUUUAAAUUAAUGUUAUCUUAUCAGUAAUAUUUUCUAUCACUGUUAUCAACUAUAACGUCAGUGUUUAUUUUUGAGUUGGGAAGAAAUUAUAUCAGUAGAAGAAUAGUAUACGUGAACUAUUAUGUUUUUUGAUAAAUGUUAAAAAAAAGCCUUAGAAGGACAAUAAACUGAGAAAAUAAUGUGGUGAAGUUGUGAAUUCUGUUUGAAAUGAGUAUCGUACCAGAAAGCAAACAACCGUUACAUAUACUUUAGAAUAGUUUGUUGUUGUUAAUAAAUUGUGUACAUGCCUUACUGAAGUGUCUUCUUGAAGUUGUUUUCAAACUUAUCGCACCUGUUACUUUUAUACAAAUAAAUUUUACACAGAUUUUAUAGUUAAAUUCUUACGGUAUUUUUUAUAUUGAUACAUAAUUAUUAUAAACUAAAAAUGUUUAAAGUAAUUAAAAAAUCAUUAUUAACUUUUGUGAUUGUGUAAAAAUGAAAAAAUUAUUUAUAAAAAAUCAACAUUCGAAAUUUCGACUAUUAGAUAGAAUAUUAAAUCAAUGUUUAAAAAUAAUACUGUUCGACCAGUUCGAAUGACCGUUCUACCGGUGCAUCCGAUGCAGCCAACACUGCGGGGUGAUCCCCAAGUACCAAAUCUAGACCCUUUGCAUCCAUUUACACCGUCGGAUUUAUCAUCAAUACCUCAUAUGGAUGGAAGUCCAACACCAACAUCAAUUCAAUUAAACAACCUCAGUUCAUCAACUGUAAACAAUUCUACUGAUCCUACAUUAGACCCCGGUCCCUACAUUGUCGGGAGUCCAAUUGACCUUGGAAACAUCGAUAAUGUCGAUAAUAUUGGUCUUCAAGUUGGCUCUAUUCGGCGGGGGAGAGGACGAACGCGUGAACAUAUUGAACUUCAAGAAACUGGUUCACCGGAAUCAGAAGUUUCAGUAGGAGGAAAUAGAGCGGAAAAUGGAACUUCAUCAAGCGAAGACCGGCCGGUUGUGGUACAAGAGGAUCAUGAAGAAAGGAUAGUAUUUGUAAAUGCCCCUCAUCAACCAGCAAAGUAUAAAAAUAAUCACAUAACCACAGCAAAAUAUUCGCUACUUUCCUUCAUACCUUCCUUUCUCUUCGAACAAUUUCGACGAUAUAGCAAUUGUUUCUUCCUAUUUAUUGCACUUAUGCAGCAAAUACCUGAUGUUUCCCCUACUGGUCGAUAUACCACACUUGUGCCAUUGAUUUUUAUCCUGAGUGUAUCUGCUUUAAAAGAAAUAGUUGAAGAUUUUAAAAGACAUAGAGCAGAUGAUGAAAUAAAUAUGAGAGAAGUGGAAGUACUUAGAGAUGGAAGAUGGCAAUGGAUACAGUGGCGGAAUGUAGCUGUUGGUGAUGUAGUAAAAGUGCACAAUAACAAUUUCUUCCCAGCCGAUUUGAUUCUGCUGUCAUCUUCAGAGCCACAAGGGAUGUCAUUUAUCGAGACUGCAAAUUUAGAUGGUGAGACAAAUUUAAAAAUUCGUCAAGCACAUCCAGAAACAGCAAUGCUUAUUGAUACUGUAGAAUUAAUGAAUUUUCGUUCAAAUAUUCAAUGUGAACCACCAAAUAGACAUCUAUAUGAAUUUAAUGGUGUACUUCGAGAAACAAACAAACAAAGUGUAUCAUUAGGACCUGAUCAGCUGUUGUUGCGUGGUGCUAUAUUACGAAAUACUAAAUGGGUAUUUGGUGCUGUAAUUUAUACUGGACAUGACACUAAAUUGAUGCAAAAUAAUACAGCAACAGCACCAUUAAAACGUUCAACAUUAGAUCGUUUGACAAACACCCAAGUGCUUAUGCUUUUCUUCAUUCUUUUACUAUUGUGCCUUUUUUCUGCUGUAUUUAAUGUUUUCUGGACAGAAAUGAAUGAAGAAGGUCUUUGGUACUUAGGUUUAAAACUUAAACAUGAAGCAAUUGUAAAAAAAUUUGCAUUCAAUCUUCUUACUUUUAUUAUUUUAUUUAACAACUUAAUACCAAUAUCACUUCAAGUAACACUUGAAGUUGUUCGAUAUGUUCAAGCUACUUUUAUAAAUAUGGACAUUGAAAUGUAUCAUGCAGAAACUGAUACUCCUGCUAUGGCAAGAACAAGCAAUCUAAAUGAAGAAUUGGGUAUGGUUAACUAUGUAUUUACAGACAAGACAGGAACUCUUACAAAAAAUGUUAUGGAAUUUAAACGUUGUUCAAUAGCUGGUAAAAUUUAUGAUUUACCCAGCUCUACAGAACCUGGUUGUAGUUCAUAUGAUUGUGAUUUAGUUAAAAAUAUUACUGAAUGGCGAAUUAAACCAGAUUCUACAAAUGUAAUUAAUACUAAAAAUGCAAUUACAUCAGCAAUAUUACAUGAAUUUAUGAUAAUGCUGUCAAUUUGUCAUACAGUUAUUCCAGAAAAAAUAAAUGAUGAAAUAAUAUAUCACGCUGCAUCACCGGAUGAACGAGCUCUUGUUGAUGGAGCAAGAAGAUUUGGUUAUGUUUUUGAUACACGAACUCCUUCGUAUGUCGAAAUAGUUGCGUUAGGUGAACGACUACGUUAUGAAAUUUUAAAUGUUAUUGAAUUUACCUCUACGCGAAAACGUAUGUCAGUGAUAGUAAAAACUCCUGAAGGUAAAAUAAAAAUAUUUUGUAAAGGUGCUGAUUCGGUUAUUUAUGAAAGACUUGCAUCAAAGCCCACUGAAAUAAAUGAUGUUGAGUUGGAAGUAGGCGAUGAUUUUCGUCAAAGUACUUUAGAUCAUUUGGAAUCAUUUGCUACUGAAGGAUUGAGAACUCUUUGUUUUGCUUCAGCUGAUAUACCAGACAAUCGUUAUGAAUGGUGGAGUGAAAUUUAUCACAAAGCAGAAAUAUCAAUGUCAACACGUGAUAGUAAAUUAGAAGAAGCGGCAAAUCUUAUUGAAACAAAAUUAACAUUGCUUGGAGCAACUGCUAUAGAAGAUCAUUUGCAGGACCAAGUACCAGAAACACUACAAGCACUUAUUCAAGCAGACAUAAAUGUCUGGGUAUUAACUGGAGACAAACAAGAGACUGCAAUUAAUAUCGGAUACUCUUGUCGUUUAAUAACUCAAUCAAUGCCAUUAAUUAUCGUCAACGAAAGUUCCUUAGACAAAACGCGAGAUGUUAUUAUUCAACAUUGCGCUGAUUUUGGACAAGAUUUACGUUGUCAAAAUGAUGUUGGUCUUGUAAUAGAUGGCAAUAGCUUAAAGUAUGCGUUGUCUUGUGACUUGAGAAGAGAUUUUUUAGAUUUAUGUACCUCAUGCAAAGUCGUAAUAUGUUGCCGGGUAUCACCAAUGCAAAAAGCUGAAGUUGUCGACUUAGUUACAAGUAAUACAAAAGCUGUUACUUUAGCAAUUGGCGAUGGAGCUAAUGAUGUCGCAAUGAUACAAAAAGCUCAUAUUGGUGUCGGUAUUUCCGGCGUUGAAGGCCUACAAGCUGCGUGUGCUUCAGACUACUCAAUAGCUCAAUUUUGUUAUCUUAAACGUUUAUUAUUUGUCCAUGGAUCAUGGAAUUAUAGUCGAAUGUGUAAAUUGAUUUUAUAUUCUUUCUAUAAAAAUAUUUGUCUGUAUGUUAUUGAAUUGUGGUUUGCCAUUUAUUCGGGAUGGUCCGGUCAAAUUUUAUUUGAAAGAUGGUCUAUCGGUCUUUAUAAUGUUGUGUUUACUGCGGCACCACCGCUGGCAAUGGGCCUCUUUGAUAAAGUCUGUUCUGCUGAGACUCAUCUCGCGCAUCCGAGACUAUACGCUGCCAAAAAUACUAACGAAUCGACGUUUAAUAUUAAGGUCUUUUGGGUUUGGAUAAUAAACGCUUUAAUCCAUUCAUCUCUACUGUACUGGUUAUCACUUUUGGCAUUAGAGCAAGAUGUUAUAUGGGCCAAUGGUCGAGAUGGUGGUUAUAUUAUUCUAGGAAAUUUUGUAUACACUUAUGUAGUAGUUACUGUCUGUGUUAAAGCAGGCCUCAUUACGAAUUCAUGGACAUGGGUAACUCAUUUAGCAACAUGGGGAUCAAUUAUUCUAUGGUUUUUAUUUAUUUUAAUAUACAGUAACUUUUGGCCAGUAUUAAAUGUUGGUGCUGUUAUGUUAGGUAACGAUAAAAUGCUUUUUACUUCACCUGUUUUCUGGCUGGGGCUUAUUCUAAUACCUACAGCAGUUUUGCUUGUCGAUGUGACAGUAAAGGCUGUGACAAAUACAAUGUUUAAAUCUCUUACGGAAGCAGCGAGAGAGCAGGAAAUUAAAAAAUCCGAUCCAGGCGAUUUAUUCACCAAUCAAGAUUACAGAAGCUCAAAAAAAUAUCAUAACAAGAAGCAAAGAACGAUGGUGCGAUACAUGAAUCGGUGUUUAUGUAUACUUCGAUUAUCUCGACGAAGACGAGCGAAGAUUUGUCCGUUUACAAUUGUCGCAUCACCUCGUUCAUGGUUUCAACAUUCGUUCAAGUCACACCCACACUCUUUAAGAAAUUGUACUUGUUAUACUAAACACAUUUUUUAUUCAACCCGUUCACAUGAUGUUCAUUACAAAAUUAUCACUUGUGCAUGCCGAUCACAUUACGUUGUAAGAAUCGAUUGAUUAAUUAAGUAAUUGGAAAUAUAAUAAAUUUUUUUUUUUUAAAUCUGCUAUAAUAUUUUAUUUUUACAAUAUAGUAAUAUCAUUUUAUAUUUUCUGAGCAUAAAAUUUUGCUACCAUGAGCCGAUGAAAAUUAAAUAAAAUUUUAUUAAUACGUUAUUUAUAAU